AUGACAUUGCUUUCUGGCAGCGACGACGAGCUGGUGUGCCUGACCCUGGGGUUCAUCUAUCCGAACGAACUACGGAGCGUAGCGUGUGUGAAUCGUAAGUUCCUUUGUUGCGCCAAGACCGCGAUCCGAAAUCGGGCGAUCCAAAGGCUCGCAUCCAAGGGACAGGGCGACAUUAGCAUCGGAUUCUACGAUGGCUACGGUUACGAUCUCACCGAGGGCCUCAAACACUGGCGAUCCUUUCGAGUGCCGAUCGCGAUCUGGAUGAGAAAAUCUGACGUCUGCACCAUCAAACACAUCGACUCGCAAAUCAAGGUGGAAAUCACCGCAGCCAUCAACCGAAUCGAGGUGAAAUGGAUAAAAGGACGAGCGAUGCAGGCCACGGUCGUGCUUGACAACAAAAGAUUGGUGCACGCGAAUGAACGAACUCGGCUGAUUUGGUAA